UUGCUACAAUCCCGAGAGUCAAACGAACCGCAACCGGAUGAAUACGUCUAUAUUCUGCCGUUAAUUGUUAUCUUAGGUCUGAGUGGCAACAUUAUCAGUCUCGUCACGAUAUUCCAUUCACGGCUCAGAAAUGUGAACGCCAAUGUCUAUCUAAUUGUGCUCACAAGUGCAGAUAGUGUAUUUUUAUUCGGUGUACUUCUUGUAUGUUUUAAGGUGGACUUCAUCGCAUUUGAAUACUGCGUCGGUUUGGAAUAUCUAUUGAUGACGGCAUCGUAUGUUAGUAGUUGGUCAACAGCAGCCCUUACGAUUGAACGCUAUAUAGCCAUAGCUCAUCCACUGAAGCAUGUUAAGUACGACCAUGUUAAUCGAGUACGGAUGAUCGCCUAUUGGGUACCGAUACCGUUCGUAUUGCAGUUAUUCCAGUUUGUUUCCUUAAAACCGGUUGAUGGUGAUGACAGAAAAUGUGCACUAAAAGAAGCAAACUACCAGAUUUUUGCACAAGCUGUUGAUACCGUUCUGUGUUAUCUGUUACCGUGUUUGACAAUUGUCGUGCUGAACAUCCUAGUUGUCUUAAAACUUCGACGAUCGACAUUUGUCGACACUAACAGAGAGAUGUCAAGAAGGCAAGGCGGUCAAGCAGCUAAAGCGGGUUCAUUAACUCGUAUUUUAUGGGUAAUGCCAUUAGUAUUCGUUGUACUGAAUACACCAUUCUAUGUGAUGAUGAUGAUCGAAGUGUUUUCACAAGUCGUAUAUCAUUCGCCGCCAGAAUUCGCACAUCGAUCUCAAGUUUUUGUGAUAGUUUACAAUACUGCCCACUAUUUGUACUAUAUCAAUACGGCGAUCGACGUCGUAGUCUAUGCGUUUUCGAGUGCGAACUUUCGAAAAACAGCCGUCAUCGCCUGGAAAAGAAUCUUAUGCCCUGGUUAUGUGGAAAAGCAAAAACAUAAGGUAGUCUACUGGACGAUGUUCUAA